GCCGCGCGGACUGCCGGAAGUCACCUACGGGAGCCGGAAGCUGAGUGCCGUGCGGCAGAGACCCGCAAGAGUUCGCCUGGCGGCGGCCUCGUACGCGUGAACUGGCUCGGAGGACGCGCGCAUCCUGCAGGACCCACCCAGCAUGGGCCUCCUGAGCGGGGCGGCCCGCAUCGUGGUGCGGGGCGCCGACCGCAUGAGUAGGUGGACCAGCAAGCGGGGCCCACGUACCUUCUAUAAGAGCCGUGGUACCAAGGGCACCGGCGUGCACGCCCGCGACGGGAAGUUCGUGCAGGUCAAGGAAAUGGUCCCGGAGCUGGUGGUGCCCGAGCUGGCUGGCUUCAAGCUCAAGCCCUAUGUGAACUACCGCGUCCCGGCGGGCACAGACGUGCCGCUGACGGCCGAGCAGCUGUUCCGGGAGGCAGUGGCACCUGCUAUCGAGAAGGACUACAGGGACGGCACUUUCGACCCGGAGCAGCUGGACAAGUACGGCUUUGAGCCCACGCAGGAAGGCAAGCUCUUCCAGCUGUACCCCAAGAACUUCCCGCGCUAGGAGCCGAGGAGUGGCAGCCGCUGGGUGUGCCUGUGGACUGCGUCCGGCCAUCGCCCCCGACCGCUGGUCCCGGGGUGGGCGAGCGGGGAGGCAUUUCCUUCGUUUUGUUCCUAUUAAAGACCUUAGCUACCGUC